CUGUUUGUUAACGAGCCAAAAAAAAAAAAGACUGAAUGGCUCAUUGGCCACCAAAUCUGAAGUCGCCAUCCGCCAUCUUGAUCCUCCCAAAACAACCACGCCGACCUGUGCGGCGUUAAUCGCUAGUUUGGUGGCUGUGAGAAAACGUUCCACAGCCCAGCGUAAGUGCGCACUUCUCCCGUGUGGCCCGAACAAACAGGUUCCAAGUGGUCGCCUGCGGAACCCCUCGUCGUCCUCUCCAAACGCUCUCAUCCAAUCACGAGCCGGCGCGCUGACCCUCGGAUGCACGAGGACCGCGCUGACUCAGCGUUCGGCGGGCCUUAAAAAGCGGUCUCGGCGGCUGCGUCGCCACGGAGACGAGCGAGAUGGCGAGACUGCUCGGAGUCGCCUUGGCGCUGACGACGUGCCGCUGGGCCGGGCUCGCCGCCGGGCCUUCGGAGUACCAGCUGGACUCGACGGUGACGCCGUGUGAGGCUCUGAGGGGCGGAGCCGGGCAACGGGACCAAAGGCCGCAAUGCACACGAGAUGGACGCUUUCGGCCUGUCCAAUGCAGCGAGCGGGGCCAAGAGUGUUGGUGCGUGGACGGCGAGGGACAGGAAGUGGCCGGGACUCGAACCAACGGAACCGUCGGACAAUGCGCGACGCCGUGCCAUCUUCAGUCCACCCUGCGAUGCUCGCCGUCGGGUCACUUCCUGCCGGUGCAGUGCGACGCCGCCGUGGGGCAGUGUUGGUGCGUGGACCAGGACGGCGUGGAACUGUACGGGACCAGACAGACGGGGACGCCGCACGAAUGUCCCGGCAGCUGCUCGGCGCUCUCUCGUCGUCUCCUCCACACGGCCGUCUCGUCUUCGCCGCCGCAGUGUUCCGGAGACGGCGACUUCCUCCCCGUUCAGUGUCGGCUGGUCAACGUGACGGACGGGCGAGAGCUGGACUUGCUGCGCGCCUUCAACGCCUUCCCCGAAGCCUUUUCCACGUUCCGAUCUUUUGGCAAGUUCUUCCCGCUGGUUUCCGCCUACUGCUUCUGCUCCGACGGCAGGGGGCGCGAGAUGGCCGACACGGGCGUGGAGCUCCUGUUGUCGGACGUGUACGACUCCGCCUUCUCCGGCGCGGGCGUCGCUCGUUCCUUGGCCGACUCGACCGUGUUCAAAGUUCUUCGCAGGAGGACGCUGGCCGUUCGCCUCGCCGUCGGCGGACGAUUCCGAUGUCCUUCGGCGUGCGAGGACGAGCAGAGGGCGGCGACGGCCACGUCGGACGUUUUCGUACCGUCCUGCGAGGAGGACGGGGCCUUCUCCUCCAAGCAGUGCCAGCAGGGGGGGCAGUGUUGGUGCGUGGACCCCGCGGGGGCGGAGCUUCCUGGGACGCGGCAGCGCGGAGACUCCCCGGUUUGCGGUGGAGGAGGUGACGCGGCCGACGACUGCGCCUCGCUACGUCGGGCGUCGCUCUCUCGCUUGUUCUCGGGUCCCCUCGAAGCACGUCUCCCCGUGGGCCCGUCCGCGGGACAUUCGGCUUCCUGUCGGGCUCUCCUGCGACCGGUCGAAGCUCUCCUUCCCGUGGAGGCGGAUCCGGUGUCCUUCCUGUCCGUCGCGGCGGACGUCCUGCACGGGGUCUUCCCGUCGGCGGGCGAGGCUUCGGAGGCCCUGGCCGGCCCGUCUCCUCGCCGUCUGCAGGAAUCUCUGUUUGGCGGAAAGUUCCUGAAGAACGCGGCCAGGUUCAACCUCAGCGGCGCGGUGGGAGCGCGGAGUGUCGUGCGCGCGGAUGCCGCCGUCCGCCGCCCCCGGCAUCAGGAGCUGGUCCUCGCCGUCAGCCGUGCCCUGGAGGACCGGGACUUCCAGGCCGGCCUCCGACUCGCCUUGGUGGGCGCCGCGGCGUCUGCUUCCUUGCGGCAGGUGCUGACGCCCGUGUUGCGUUCCUGCGCCGCCGGCAGCGAAGACGCAGCAAAGACCGUCUUCGUUCCCAGCUGUACUCCCGACGGAUCCUUCCGGGAGGUUCAGUGUCGGGGCGGCGAGUGCUGGUGCGUGACCCCCCGAGGCCGAGAGGUGGCGGGCACGCGGGUGGCCGACGGCCGGCCGCGUUGUCCGUCGCGCUGCGAGAGGGCGAGGGCGGCCGCCCUCGGUGCCAAAGACAAGAUGGCGGCGGGGGCCGAGGUCCACGUUCCGGCGUGCGCCGACGACGGACGUUUUCUUCCGCUGCAGUGCGGACCCUCGACGUGCUUCUGUGUUGACCGGGAGGGGGUGCCAACCACUACCCCGUCACUAGGGGGCACCGUUGCCUGUGAGUCAGGAGGUCCAGAUGUGAACCCUCAGCAGCCUCCCUCGCCCUCCUCAGGUGAGUGCUCGCGGGCGUUUCAGGAAGUGACGGCCUUCCGACAGGAAGUGAGCGACACGGUGGCUCUCUCCAACUCCUCCCACUUCCCCGUGGGAUACGCGUUCCUAUUGGCCGAGGGUCUGCGUCUCGCCCCCGAGGAGCUGCCGGUGGCCCAAUCGGAGGAGAUUUCUCAUCUCUCCGAUCGGCUGCUGAGCCGGUCCAAAGCUGCGCUGCGAUUGGCCGCCUACUCCACCAUGCAGAUGUUGCAGCCCGCGGGACGUCUCGCUUAUGAGCCCUUCACUCCGCAGUGUGGCAACGGCGGGGAAUGGCGGCCCACGCAGUGUUACCACAACACAGGUCAGUGUUGGUGUGUUGACGAAGAUGGCGACUACGUUCCCGGAUCUCUCAGAAACCGUUCACGACCUCUGCUCAGAUGCCUCACACGCUGCGAGAGAGCGCGGACACACUCGCUGCUCUCUGGUUGGAUGAAAGCCUCUGACAUCACAAGUACAGCCUCAGGGUACCGCCCACAGUGCGACAAGGACGGCGCCUUCUCCGUGCUGCAGACAGAGGGCGCCGCAGGCUGGUGCGUGCACCCUGUGAGCGGCGAGAGACUGCGCAACGCCACGCCGGGCCCGGAUGGACGGCUCACAUGUCCCAGUCGGUGCGAGCUCCAGGGUCUCCAGUGUCGUCCCGACGGCUCCUUCGUCCCCCUUCAGUGUGACGUCACUUCCUGCUGGUGCGUGUCUGAGGAUGGACAGGAAGUGGAAGCGACCCGGCGACUCAGAGCGACGGGACGCACGCCGUCUUGCGACCGUCCCGCCGCUUGCCUCCCCGCCGUCGUCGCCCGCGGCGCCCUCCUCUGCCGCCCCGCGCAAAACGGCCGCCAGAGCUGUGACCUCGUCUGUCACCGCGGUUACCACAACUCUCUUCCUGUCGGCGGCUUCACGUGCGACACGGCCGCUCGCCGCUGGGAAGGCGACCUCCGACCUCUACCUGCGGCUUGCCAGAUGAUUUCACCUCCUCAGCGUCUGUGGGCGUCUCAAAAUUGGUCGUUGGCAGCGCCGUGUUCGAACCCUCGAGCGAUACGCUCACAGUUGUUACACGACAUGACCAGCGGGGGGCUCUGCUCAGCUCAGCUCCCCGCGUCACGGCGCAGCGUGUCUCAAUGCGAUGACUCUCCGCUGCACGUGCGUUGUCACGGCGACACGUCAUUGAGCGUGACAGUCAUCUGGAGCGUCUUCACGUCUGACCUCCCGACCUCCGAACUGCCGGCCCUCCACGACAUCGCGGCCUUCCUCGACGUCUCGCGUCUUUUGGAGCGUUUCGAGCGUCUGCUGGCUCGGCGCGUCGACGCGGCCUCGCGACCUCAGCUGGUCUCCGCGACGGGGCCCCGGCUGGGCUGUUCCCGCGGUUACCGCCUGAGCGACGACGGCGAAGGCUGCGUCGUUUGCCCCGCCGGCAGCUACUCUGCGGAGGGGGCGUGUCUUCUGUGUCCCGAGGGAACCUAUCAGGACACGGAGGGGCGGGACUUCUGCAAACGCUGUCCCAGAGGCUCCUCCCCUCCGGGGGCCUUCGCCUUCGAUCAUUGUGAGACCGACUGCGAAAGGCGUGGCCUCCGCUGCUCUGACGCCGGCGACUUCCUGCCCGCUCAGGCUGACUUCCUGUCUGGCGGCUGGCGCUGCUUUACCGGCGAGGGGGCGGAGCUAAAGUGGACCACGAGUGACACGCCCCUCACCGAUGACGAUUGCUCAGUUCUCGGCAGGUUUCGGGCUGUGCCCAGGUCAGAGGUCAUCUUCGGCGCCGCAGACACACAUGUCCUUCAGAGUCUGACCUCUGACCUCAGAACAUGUGCCCAAGCGUGUGCAAUGGACGCAUCCUGCCACCAUGUGGCGCUGUCCGGCAGCCGGUGUGAAGUGUACAGCACACACACUUUGAACACACACUGCAACACUUCGGAGCAGGUGAAAGGGUUUCUGGGUAACGGUGAGGCCCAGCGCUUUGAUUGGUUGAGGUGCUUCGUGAAGGUGAGGGGCGGGGCCUCCAACGUGCAGGUCAUCAGGAAGAUUGGGGCGGAGUCUACUUCUGAGUUCACGAGGUCAUCGAUGACAAAGGCGGAGUCCGGCGUGUUUCGGACGUCGGCAUUCGCUGACGCGUCGCUGGCCGACGCCCGUCGCUUCUGUGAGCUGGGGUGUCGUCGUGACGACUGUUGCCACGGCUUCGUCCUCAACCGGAACAGCCUGAACGGCGGUUCCGUGCUCUGCGGUUGGCUGAGAGCGCCGUCCGUCUUGACGUGCGGCCGGCGCGACUGGGACGCGAUUGGACGGAGCCCCGCCAAUCGGACAUGCGGGGCGGGGCUAUCGUACAACAAGCAGCGCCGUCAUUUCCUGUUUGACUUUGGCGGACAAAAAUUUAGCAUCAGCGAGGCGGCGCUUCCUGCCUCCAGCGGGGACAAGAAGGACUACCAGGCGUCCAUCGUUGACUUCCAAGCCGUCUACCUGAAGACGGCAGCCCAAUCGGACGCUGCUUCCUGUGCAGUUGCUGCUAACUUGACUCAGCCGCUUGAUGGUUCGGUGCUGAAGAAGUUCGCGUCGCUGUCAGAAGACGACGUGUUGGUGGACAGCAAGAAGUCACUUCCUGUGCUGUCCUUCUUGCUCAACAAGAAGCUCUUCACUUCCCAGAAUGCUUUGCUGUGGUGCCUUACACGCUGCGACGACGAGCCGUCCUGCUCGGUGGCAGAGCUGAGCGACGCCAACUCCUCAGAUUUCUUCAACUGCUUCCUGUUUCCUGACAGUCGAGCGUGCGGCGACUACGACACGCCGCUCGGGCGCCCCUGUCGCCUCCUGCUGGACAGGAAGCUCAGCAAUGCCUUCAGCAAGAAGGUGGACCUCGGGGGUCCGGUGAAGAGCUUCUAUGAGCGAGUUCCCUUCAAAAAGAUGGUCUCCUAUUCGGUGCGCAAUCGACUUACCGUGAAGUCAAACACACCACUGCCUGACGGCUUCAUGGAUUGUGAGCGUCGUUGCGAUGAGGAUGCUUGUUGCCGUGGUUUCGGCUUCAUCGCAGACUCCAAGAAUGGUAGCACACAACGUGGCGCGGGUGUUGCGUGUGUGAUUCUGAUCAGUCUCGGAAUUCAAACGUGCGCAGAAGACCGGCAGAGCUCUUGGACCGUUCACGAUUGUCCACCAAAUGACGUUCACACUGCGCCACACCCCUUUGGGUGGUACCAAAAACCCGUCAAUCGGUGGACUUCGUCUCCGGCCUUGUGUCCCGCCUUCACUCUGCCGACGCCUCAAAAUAACGCAUCCGUGGACGAGUGGAAUCUGCUCCCCGAGGCGUCGCUUCUGCUGGACGCUUCGUCUCCUUCCUAUGACGUCAUCCACAUCAGCCGCGACAUCGCCGCCGACCCGGUCCGGACCAGAGACUGGUGUCUCCACGCCUGCCGGGAGUCGGAGUCUUGCGCUGCCGUGUCGUUGGCCGAGUUGCCGUCGGCCACCCGCUGCGUCCUUUACCCGGACACCGCCGUGUGCGGCCUAAGCUCCGCCCCCGACUCACCCAGACCCGCCUCCUCUUGCCGUCUGGUGAUCAGAGAGCCCGCCCCUCAGGUGUACCUCCGGAGAGGUGAGGCCGACGUGCGUACAAGUCGUUACAUCUCGUCGUCCCCGCCGGCGACGAACGUGGCCGUCGCGGGUCACGGCACCCUGCGGGGCGUCGCCGUGGAGACGGCGUUGGGCACGGACAGGAAGACGGUGGUCCAGUUCCUCGGCGUUCCGUACGCCCGCCCCCCGAUCGGAUCGCUGCGCUUUCGCGACGCUCAGCCGCCGAACUGGACGGGGACGUGGGACGCCACCCGAGCGCGGUCCGCCUGCGUCCAACCGGGCCGAGCCGACGGCAGCGAGGACUGCCUCUACCUCGACGUCUUCCGGCCCGUCGCCGCGAGGGGGCGUGUCCCGGUGCUGGUCUUUUUCGUCAACCCGUCGACCAAUCGCAGCCGAGCCAUCCUGGACGGCUCCACCCUCGCGGCCGUCGGCGACAUCGUGGUGGUGACGGCGGGGUACAGGACGGCCGCGCUCGGCUUCCUCUGCGCAGGCUCGUCGUCGGGCACGUGCGGCAACUGGGGCGCGUCGGACCAGGAGGCGGCGCUCGUCUGGGUCCACGCCCACAUUUCAGCGCUGGGCGGAGACAAGACCAGAGUGACGGUGGGGGCGGAGCGCGGUGGUGCCGACAUCAUCAGCUUGCGACUCAUGCACGACACGCCCCUUUUCCGGCGGAUGCUGCUCAUGGGCGGCUCUCUGUUCUCGCCGGCGCUGUUCCAAACGCCGGCCGCCGCCAGACGUCAGGCGCUGACGUUGGCCGCCGAGCUCCGCUGCGCCACGGAUGACGACCGGCGGAUGGCGGCGUGCCUCAGGGCGGCGCCCGUGCACACCCUCAACACCGCUCAGACCAAGCUGCUGGCCGCCAGCGGGCCCUUCCGUUCCUGGUCGCCCACGCGCCGCCAAGACGCCAAAGCGCCGGUCUCCCUGCGCAGAGUCGACCUUCUCCUCGGGACGUCGCAGGAGGACGGAAUCAUCGGACGAGCGCGCGGCGUCAAGGACUUUGCGGCCACGCUGCCCGGCGGCGGCGCCAAGGCGGCGUUUUACGAGGCGCUGAGUCGCUCGCUGGGCGGAGCCUCAGAAAAUCCGCUGCUCAAGGAGGCGGCGACCUGGUUCUAUUCGCUGGACCAUAGCUCCGCCCCCGCCGGAUACAACCUUUUCUCCCGCGCGCUCGACAACGCCACCAGAGACAUGUUCAUCGUGUGCCCCACGCGGCGGAUGGCCCGCCACUUCGCCAACAGCGGCGCCAACGUCUUCGCGUACCACCAGCCGGCGCCCGGCGACAGGGCCGACGUCUCGGUCCCGCUGGACGUGCAGUUGGUCUUCGGGGCUCCUCACCGGCCCGUCGGCUCGCGGCGUUUCACCGGCGCCGAGCGCCGCCUCUCGUUGGCCGCCAUGACCUACGUGGCCAACUUUGUCGCCGGCGGCGAUCCAAACCCGUCAGCGUCGUGGCCGGCGACCGCUCUUCCCCGAUGGCGUCCGGUCCUGCCCUCUGUGGCCCCUCCCGCCUUCCUGGAGCUAAGCCCCGCCCUCAUCCAGAAGCCAAGCCCGGCCGACCGCAGCUGCUCUUUCUGGGACGACCUGACGAAGACCCUCGAGCGGCACGGCCGACCGGGGGCGGAGCCCGCGUUCGACCCCGAACUUCCGGUGGACGGGCCCGACGGCCGAUCGCCAGGCGGCGCGGAUGCGUACAACUGACGGUGCCGUCGCCGCGCCGUGAUGUCAUCGCUCUCCGUCCGAUCGCACGUCAGAACAACGUUCUGAUUUUUGACGAUCAGUUCUGUCUUUGAUCAAAUCGCAAAUAAACAAAAAGUACAAAUAUC